UUAAGGCCACGGCUCCUACACCAUCAAAAAAAACCUUCUCAAGCCAAAGGCCACCGCAUAAUACAAUGGCUUCAGCUGCAAAGCAGAGCAAGAAGCUGCGCAUCCUUGUGAUGCCCUUCUUCGCCACCAGCCACAUCCUCCCCUUGACAGACCUUGCCUUCCACCUCGCCGCAGUUAGGCCGGACGAUGUCGAGGUCGUCGUCGCCGUAACCCCGGCAAACGCCCCCAUUGUUCGGUCAGCCCUUGCAAGGCGUGAGCCGAGCCAUGCCAGCGUCGACGUCGCCACCUACGCCUUCCCAGCGGUGGACGGCCUCCCACCAGGGGUCGAGAACAUGUCCACCGUCUCAGCCGCGGACUCAUGGCGGCUCGAGAUAGCAGCCACUGAUGAGGCGCUGCUCAGGCCGGCUCAGGAGAGUCUCGUCAGGGAGAGCUCCCCUGACGCCAUCGUCAGCGACCUGCACUUCUUCCGGUGGAACGCUGGUAUUGCCGCCGAACUUGGGAUCCCCUGUGUUCUUUUCAAUGUCGUGGGUAUUUUCUCGACGCUAGCUACGUGGCGCCUUGCCUUAAGCGGCAAUGUUAAGGACACCCCUGCUGGUAGUUCGGUGACCAUUCCUCAGAUCCCCGGUCCAGAAAUAAGUAUGCCAGUUACCGAGCUAUCAGAGUUUUUGAGGAACCCACCGGUAUUUGACCCGAGCGCAGGUGCUCACUUCAUGAUGUUGCUUAAGAGUUGUGGCUUUAUCUCCAACACUUUCUUUGAUCUUGAGCAUGAGUACUGUGAGAGCCACGAGCACAGCGGCUAUGUGAAGCGAACCUACUGUGUUGGCCCGCUUUCACUGCCCAUGUCACCACCAGCAAGAGCCGGUGCUGCUGGCAGAUCAGCUUGCCUGGAUUGGAUGGACACAAAGCCUGCCCACUCCGUUGUAUACCUGUGCUUCGGCAGCCUGACAAACUUUUCGGAGGCUCAACUUGAUGAGCUAGCCCUCGGGCUAGAAGCCUCUGGUGUGCCGUUCUUGUGGGUUGUCAGGGUUAAAACAUGGGAGCCACCGGUAGGGUGGAAAGAUCGUGUUGGGAGCAGAGGCAUGGUUUUCAAGGGUUGGGCACCACAAACCGAUAUACUCCAGCACCCAGCGCUGGGGGCUUUCGUGACGCAAUGCGGGUGGAACUCCGUCCUGGAGACAAUUGCGGUCGGCGUGCCUGUUCUGACAUGGCCCAUGGUGUACGAGCAGUUCCUCACUGAGAGGUUUGUGACUCAUGUGCUACAAAUCGGGGAGCGCCUGUGGCCGGAGGGCGCUGGGCGGCGUAGCACGAGGUAUGCAGAGCAUGAUGUGAUCCCUGCUAAGGACAUUGCGCAAUCUAUUGCCAAGUUCAUGGAGCAUGGAGGUGCUGCGGAAGCCGCGAGGAGGAGGGCAAUGGAACUCUCUCCAAAGGCUCAUGCGGCUAUUGCAGAAGGCGGAACCUCUAACCGUGAUCUGCAUCAGCUUAUUGAUGAUUUUAUAGCAGCAAGAGGGCCUACAACGUCAUGAAUACAUUCAGGAGAAUCCAGGUGGAACGCAAGGAUUAAUUUCAUGAAGAGGGGGGAGGUGGCUACCUAUAGAUGCCACAUGGUGUUUCAAGAAUAAAAGUUGUUGUCCCGCAACCGGUUCACUGCAAAAUGUGUCUGCGAGCAGACAUCUCAGAGAUGAUAUGUAUUUGUAAUUUUAAUAAACUAGUUGAAUGCCCAUGCAUUGCUA